CGUUCCGAGUUCUUCCGAGCGGCCUCCAAGCCGGAGUGGACGGGCCCGAGUCCGAAGCUUGUCCAAUUGACCGACGUGGAUCCCGCCGUAUUCAAGGCCUACAUGCAAUGGCUGUACACCAAGAAGGUUGCUCAGAUUGACGGCUUGCACCUGGCUCGAUGCUAUGUCCUGGGGGAGAAGUUGAUGGAUGUGGCGUUCCAGAACGCUGUGAUGGACGCGAUUCUUGACCGUGCAAUGCGAGAAGAUCUGUACCCAAGCUCUGGAUUCACUCGAAUAAUCUUCCAAGGAACGACUAAGUCAUCUCCGGCGCGAAAAGUUCUGGUGGACUUCUGG